AUGGCUCAAGAAGAACAAAUAAAUAUGGAAACAAUAAAUCAAUUUGAAAAUUUCUUAGUUCCAGUACAACAUGUUGGAUGGAGUCGACGAGUUAAACUCUUGACUGGUGUCCUUGCAGCGAUUGGUGCAGUUGUAUUCACCGUUACACUCCUUGUACCGAUAUUUGUCACAACCAGCAAAUAUUCCGACACGACAAUAACAUUGACACAAACUACUGCAAUAACAAUAGUGACAAGUUUUCCAACAAAUACGUCAAUCAACAGUACUUCAGUAGAUACAACUGUUUCACCACUGAAUCAAUUGUUACCACAACUACAACAUACACAACCACAAGUACAUCAACUAGCUCCACAUCCACAUCAUCUACUUCAACAUCCACUUCAUCCACGUCGACGUCAACAACGUCCACAUCCACCUCCUCGACUUCUACAUCAACAUCAUCAUCGUCGACAUCAUCAACGUCGUCUACUUCGAGCUCAUCCACUUCAACAUCCACCUCAACGUCAUCAACAUCGACGUCCACGUCGUCUACUUCUACUUCAACGUCAUCAACAUCAUCCACUUCUACGUCAACCUCGACAUCGUCUACUUCGAGCUCAACGUCAUCAACAUCGACGUCCACAUCGUCCACUUCGAGCUCGUCUACUUCAACAUCCACCUCAACGACGUCCACGUCGUCGACUUCUACGUCGACCUCGACUUCGAGCUCAUCCACCUCAACGACGUCCACGUCGACCUCAACAUCAUCAACCUCCACAUCGACUUCAACGUCCACGUCGUCUACUUCAACCUCGACGUCAUCGACGUCCACAUCAUCAACAUCCACCUCAACGACUUCUACGUCGACAUCCUCAACGUCAUCAACAUCAACGUCCACAUCGUCCACUUCAACAUCCACCUCAACAACGUCCACGUUCUCGACUUCUACUUCGACUUCAACAUCUUCCACUUCUACGUCGACCUCAACAUCGUCUACUUCGACAUCGACGUCAUCAACAUCCACAACAUCAACGUCCACAUCCUCCACUUCGACCUCGACGUCAUCGACAUCCACAACAUCAACGUCCACAUCCUCCACUUCUACCUCAACAUCGUCUACUUCGACAUCGACGUCAUCAACAUCCACAACAUCAACGUCCACAUCCUCCACUUCGACCUCGACGUCAUCGACAUCCACAACCUCCCCCUCCCCACCCUCCACUUCUACGUCGACAUCAUCAACCUCCACAUCGACUUCAACGUCCACGUCAUCUACUUCGACCUCGACGUCAUCAACGUCCACAUCGUCCACUUCAACAUCCACCUCAACAACGUCCACGUCCUCGACUUCUACGUCGACUUCAACGUCAUCAACAUCCUCCACUUCUACGUCGACAUCAUCCACCUCCACAUCGACUUCAACGUCCACGUCGUCUACUUCAACUUCCACAUCCAGUUCGACCUCAUCUACCUCAACAUCGACGUCAACUACAACUACAACUACCACGAGUAAAGCCUAAGACAUAA